UCCCCAAUCACACUGGGAGAAGAGCAGGAGGCAUGGGAGACAAUAUAGACAAUAUACCUGGAGGAAUAGUAGCUGCUGCAAAGAACCGCCUGCAGGUGGUGAAGGGUUUAGAGGAUGUGGAGGUGUCUGAGUGUGAUAGCUGCUCCUUUGAGGUGACUCUCAACCUCGCCUACAUCGAGGGUGUGUGGACCAGAGAUGGGAUUCAGCUCAAGUCUAAGCCACAAUGUCGCAUCAGCACACAUGGGAAGAAACACUCCCUCAUCCUGAACCGGGUGGCUUUGGGAGAUGCAGGCCUGUUCUCUUUCCAGGCCAACGGCAUUCAGACCUCAGGCAGACUCAGUGUCAGAGCUAGGGACAUUCACAUAGUGAAGGAGCUGGAGGAUGUUGACACAAUGGAGCGUCAAGUCGUGAACUUCCUGUGUGAGGUCAACCACGCGGAUGUGGAUGGUCGUUGGUACAGAGACGACUGCCGUAUUCGACAGGGGGACAACAUCAAGAUCAGACACCAGGGUAAAACUCACACCCUGUUCUUCAAGUCAGUCAGGCCAGAGCAUGCUGGAGAGAUCAGAUUCACUGCAGAGCGUGUCUCUUCAUAUGCAAGUCUCACAGUGAAAGAGCUCCCAGUCCAAAUAGUGCGUCCUCUGAGGGUUAAGAUAGCCAUGUAUCGCCACCGGGGUCUGCUGGAGUGCCAGGUAUCACGACCUAAUGCUCAGGUCAGGUGGUACAAGAACAGGAGGGAGCUUCUGCCGAGUAAGAAGUACCAACUAAUCAGCCAAGAUAUCUACAGGCAGCUUACCAUCGAUGACGUCUGCUCUUCAGAUGAGGACACUUACACCUGUGAUGCAGGAGAUGACAAAACAUCCUGUCAGCUUCUGGUGGAGGAGCAGGCUAUCAGCAUAGUGCGGGGGAUGAGCUCAGUGGAGGUGAUGGAGCCAGAACCAGCACUGUUCCAAGUGGAGACCAGCCUGAGAUCAGGGAGGCCUCCCCGAUGGACCCUGAACGGCGAGGUGCUGGAGCCCAGCGCAGCAGUGAACAUCGACAGAGAGGGCACCGUCCACAGCCUCUGUCUCACCUCCACAGAAAGUUCCAUGUCUGGCCCUGUGGUCUUUGUUGCUGGCAAGAGUCGUUCCACUGCUCAGCUUACUGUCAAGGAGCGACCCCUUCAGGUUGCCAGACACUUGGAGGACAUUGAGGCGAAGGAGAAGAGCUCUGUGACUCUGAGAUGUGAGUUUGCCCCCUCCCCCAGGGUGGUGCGAUGGUUUAAGGGUCGCACGGCUCUGAAGACAUCAAACAAGUACAGCAUGAAGAGGGAAGCGAAGCGGGCAGAGCUGACCAUACAUGGCCUGACAGGGAUGGAUGCAGGACAGUACCGCUGCAUGGCUGGGGGCUCACAGAGUACCGCACAUGUUUCAGUAGAAGUGCGAACACUGAAGUUAGUGAAGCACCUCGAGCCAGUGGAAAUCGAGGAGGAUGGUAUUGCCAGAUUCACAUGUGAGCUCAACUACGUGGUCGCCAAUGUGGAAUGGCUCCUCAACAAUGUUCGCCUCUAUUCCAAUGCCAUCAGCAUCAUACAGCACAUGGGCACUAUGCACAGCCUCGCAAUCAAGAAGAUGCGGCCACAGGAGAGCAGGGUCACCUUCAAAGCGGGCCUUCUCUCAGAGACAACAAUCUUAAAGGUCAAAGACCGCCCAGCAGUUUUCCUGCGGUCUCUGGAGGAUGCAGUAGGAGAAGAGCAAGGGGAAGUCUGCCUACAGUGUGAAAUAUCCAAGGAGACUGUGACCCCUGUUUGGAAGAAGGAUGGAAUGAUCCUCACUGCUGAUGAUAAACAUGAGUUGCUCCAGUUUGGGAAGUCCAUGGCGCUGAUAAUCCAUUCUCUGAGCAAGGAGGAUGCUGGACAGUACACCUGUGACCUGGGCACCAGCCAGACCAAGGCUAAAGUUACUGUACAUGACUUACACAUCACUAUUGUUCAGCGUAUGAAGACAACAUCUGUCCUGGAGGGCGAAAGCUGCACUUUUGAGUGUCACCUCUCUCAUAAUCUCGAUGAUGAGCCCUCCUGGACAAUCAAUGGCCAGGUGGUGGUCACUAAUAGCCGUAUCCAGGUUAACAAUGAUGGCUGCAAGUAUAAGAUGACCAUCAGAGAUGCUAUUCUGUCUGACGCUGGAGACGUGGUCUUCACAAUCAAAGACCUAAGCUGUAGGACCAUGCUCUUUGUUAAAGAGAAGCCGGUGCACAUAUUCAGGGACCUGUUAAAUGUGAAGGCGGUGCCAGGUGAAGACGCAGAGCUGAGCUGUGAGAUCACCAAACCAGACACCACCAUUCGUUGGCUAAAAGAUGGACAUUUGGUCAGACAGAGUCCUAAGUAUGAGAUGAGUGUGGAGAAGAACCUGGCAAAACUGGUGAUCAAGAAUGCCACCAUCAGAGACUCUGGAGAUUACUGCUGUGAGGCUGAAGGCGUAGCCUCACAUGCUAAGUUGGAGAUCAGAGAACUCCAGCACACAUUUGCAAGGGAGUUAAAGGAUACACAAGCAGAAGAAAAGGGUAAAGUGACCCUGGAGUGUGAGACUAGGCGGCCAGCCAAGCGGGUGACCUGGCUGAAGGGCAUGGUGGAGCUGAAGUCCAGUAGGAAGUAUGUCAUCAGGCAGAAGGGUGUGGUGCUGUCCCUGACCAUCACCUGUCUGGAAAAAGUGGACACAGAUAUUUACAUUUGUGAUGUCGGCACCAUGCAGAGCCGGGCGCAGCUGACAGUGCAAGGUCAGAGGGUGAUAAUCCUGGAUGAAUUAGAGGAUGUCGAGUGUCUAGAGGGCGACACUGUCACAUUCAGGUGUCGAAUUUGUCCCAGUGACUACGCUGGGGUCAAGUGGUACCUAGACGAGACUCUGCUCUACACCAAUCAGCUCAAUGAGAUCCAGAUGGUGCCUGGCGGCUACCACACCCUCACAUUUAGGCAGCUUGCCCGCAAGGACACUGGCACCAUCUCGUUUUCUGCAGGGGACAAAAGGUCAUAUGCCUCGCUGUUGGUUAGAGAGAGGCGUCCCACCAUCAUACAAGCACUAGAAGACUGUGAGGCUUUUGAGGGAGGUGGUUUGGUUUUGUCUUGUGUGACUUCCAAGCCAUGUCACAUCCUUUGGUACAAAGAUGGCUGCCUGAUGUGGAACUCCUCAAGGUAUUUUGCCAGUCGUAAUGGCUGUGAGGCACGUCUGACUAUUCGGGAGGUUUGCAACAACGAUGCCGGAGUGUAUGAGUGCAGUGCUGGAUCUGUUACAACAAGGGCUGUUGUGACUGUCAAAGCCAUUCCAGCAGAGUUCACCCAGCCUCUACAGACCUUGGAAGCCAAAGAGGGGGAGACUGUGACCCUGACCUGUGAAUACUCUCUACCGGGGGUCCAGUUCCACUGGAGGAAAGGUUUUGAGAGUAUCAGGCCUGGAGACAAGUAUAUCAUGAAACAGAGAAAGACAAUCAAUUCCCUAACAAUCAAAGCCCUGAAGCCUGAUGACUCAGGAGAAUAUACCUGUCAGUGCAGAGAUCACCGCACUACAGCGAGCCUCAAAGUAUAUGCUAUCCCCAUCACAUUUGUACAGCAGUUAAAGAACAUGCAAACAGAGGAGGGAACCAAUGUCACACUGCGCUGUGAGCUCUCUAAACCAGGGAUUCCGGUACUGUGGAGGAAGGAAGAUGAUCUGUUGAGGAAUGGAGUUAAGCACCAGAUAAGGAAAAGGGACACCACCCUGGAGCUCAUGAUAUGGAAGCCUGUACCUGAGGACAGUGGGGUCUACAGCUGUGUGUGUGCUGAUCAGAUAACAUCUGCCACUGUCAAAAUCACUGCUCUCCCAGUCACCUUCAAGCAGAAGCUGAGGAAUGUGCUGAUUGAGGAAGGCAGCAUUGCGGCAUUCCGUUGCGAGCUGUCGAAACCUGGCCACGUUGUGGAGUGGAGGAAGAGGGGGGAAGAAGUCAUCAGGAAUGGAGAGAAAUAUCACAUGCGACAGAGAGACACGCUGAUUGAACUGAGGAUCUUUGAUGUGACACUUGAGGACAGCGAUAUCUACACAUGCAUCUGUGGAAACAUAGAGACCACUGCAACUCUGACCGUUAAUGCUCUUCCCAUCAACUUCAAGCAAAAGCUGAAGAACAUCCAAAUGGAGGAAGGAAACACUAUCACGCUGUAUUGUGAGAUCUCUAAACCUGGUGUCCCAGUGGAGUGGAGGCUUGGGGGAGAACUGCUGGAGAAUGGAGACAAGUACCAGAUAAAGCAGAAGGGCUCAGCCCUGGAGUUGAUCAUCAGGGAUGCUGAUCCAGAGGACAGCGGCGUCUACACCUGUGUGUGUAGAGAACAGAGGACAAAGGCCACUGUUAAAGUUGUGGCUGUUCCUGCUACAUUUAAAGUGAGCCUGAAGAGCCAGGAGGCUGAAGAAGGGAAUAAUGUGACUUUACACUGUGAGCUGUCAAAGAAGGGAGUCCUGGUGCAGUGGCAGAGAGAUGCUGAGGUGCUGUCUGAGGAGAUGUUUCGAGGAAAGUAUCAGAUGAAGCUCGAAGGAAAGACGGCUCAGAUGACCAUUCUCAAUGUCCAGCCAGAGGAUGCAGGGAAGUACAGCUGCAUCACCGGAGAUGAGAAAACCACAGCUGUAGUGAAAGUAAAACCACUUCCCGUGACAUUCAAACGAGAGAUCCAGAGCAUGGUGGUGAAGGAAGGAGAAAGUGGAGUUUUCUGCUGUGAGCUCUCCAAACCUGAAGCUCCAGUGGACUGGAGGAAAGGCAGAGUAAUUCUGAAGUCUGGACAGAAAUACGAGAUGAAGCAGGAGGGACGUCUCACUAAACUGAUUAUCAGUAAUGUAGAGGAGAGCGAUGCUGGGAAAUACACCUGCAAGACGAAAGACAGCCAAUCAACGGCUGAGCUCACUGUCCGAGAAUUACCGCCAAGUUUUAGGAUGCCGCUUGUCAGCCAGGAGGUGACGGAGGGCAACAGUGUAGUUCUGCGCUGUGAGCUCAACAAACCUGCCCCUGCGGUGGAGUGGAGGAAAGGAACAGAGCUACUGAAAAAUGGAGACAAAUACCAGAUGAGGAAGAAGGAGCUGCAGGUGGACCUGAAGAUUGUGGAUGUCUGUCUGGAUGACACUGGAGAUUAUACCUGUACAUGUGGAGAACAGAUGACAAAAGCUACUGUCAUUGUGAAUGAACGGCCAAUCCGAUUCCUUCAAGAGCUGAAGAAUAUUCAGGUACAGGAGGGCAAUGGAGUGACACUCUGCUGUGAGCUCUCAAAACCCGGCCCUCAAGUGCAGUGGAAGAGGGGAGACGAUGUGUUGACUAACGGAGAGAAAUACCAGAUGAAGCAGAGUGGCUCCACCCUUGAGCUCCUUAUCAGGAAGAGCCAGCCUGAGGACAGUGGCAUAUACAGCUGUGUUUGUGAUGACAUCAAAACUACUGCCACCAUCAUCAUCACCGCAAUCCCAGUGACAUUUAAGCAAAAGUUGAAGAACCAGGAAGCUGUGGAGGAGGGCAGCGUGACUCUGCGCUGUGAGCUUUCUAAACCAGGAGCCCCUGUGGAGUGGAGGAAAGAUGCUCAACUCCUGAAGGAGGGGGAAAAAUAUCAGAUGAAGCAAGAAGGCAGGGUGGCUGAGAUGCUGAUCAGAAAUCUAACUCUCACAGAUGCUGCGGAGUACAGCUGUUCUGUCGGCAUUGUUGUGACUUCAGCUGACGUCAAAGUUAGAGCAAUUCCUGUAACAUUUAAAAAAGAGGUGGCAAACUUGGAGGUGAAAGAAGGAGACAGUGGAGUAUUCAGCUGCGAGCUCUCCAAACCUGGAGCUCCAGUGGACUGGAGGAAAGGCAGAGUGAUCCUCAAACCUGGAUACAAAUAUGAAAUGAAACAGGAGGGACGUCUUACUAAACUAAUCAUCAACAAUGUAGAGGAGAGCGAUGCUGGGAAAUAUACCUGCAAGACUGAUGACAGCCAAUCAACUGCUGAGCUCACUGUCAAAGCUCCUCCCAUCACAUUCAAGACAAAGUUAAGGAACCAACAGGUGGAAGAGGAGAAGAGCGUGUCAUUGAGCUGCGAGCUGUCUAAACCCGGCCUUGCUGUGGAGUGGAGGAAGGGUCAAGAGCUGCUGAAGAAUAAUUUCAAGUACCAAAUAAAAAAUCGAACCAGCAUCAUGGAGCUGACCAUCAAAAACACACAGCUGGAGGACAGCGGACUUUACAGCUGCAUCUACGGAGAUGCCAAGACCACAGCCAAUGUCACCAUUACUCCUAUUCCCCUGUCCUUUAACACUGGUCUGAAGAACCAGGAGGCCCGCGAAGGAGGCAACGUGUCCCUUUGCUGUGAACUGUCCAGGGCUGGGGUGCCUGUGCAGUGGUUUAAGGCCGAGGACCAGCUCUAUCACGGGGGACGAUAUCAGAUGACACAGAGAGGGAAGAUAGCUGAGAUGCACAUCAAGAACAUCCAGCCCGAGGACGUCGGAGAGUAUAGCUGCGUCUUAGGAGAGCAGAAGACAACAGCUGAAGUGAACGUGAGAGCGGCGGCAUCCGUGUUCUUUGAGAAGGAACUGGAGAGCCAAGCGGUGAUGGAGGGGAAGUCUGUGCUGCUGUCUUGUGAAGUUUCCAGUGCUAACGUCCCUGUCACCUGGAAGAAGGACAACACUGUGGUGGAAGAAGGAGGGCGAUACAUUUUAAAGAAGAAAGGCCCCACUCACACCCUGGAGAUCAAGAAACUGUGUCUUGAGGAUGCUGGGGAGUUUUGCUGUAUCAGCAGAGGCAAGAAGACCACUGCCAAACUGAUUGUAAGGGAGCGUGUGCGGAUUGUUACAGAGCUGAAAGACAUGACGGUGACAGCAGGUCAGGAUGCAGAGUUUGUGUGUGAGCUGAGCCAUGCAGACGUGGAUGAGGGUGUCUGGUGGCUUGGCUCCAGUCCUCUGCAGAAGAAUGAGAUGAACCAGAUGACUUGCCGGGGUCGCCAGCAUAAACUGGUGCUCACCAUGACAACGCCUGAGGAGACGGGUACCGUGGCAUUUGUAGUUGGGGAGGAGAGAACCUCUGCACAACUGCUAGUUGUUCCGAAGGCCAAAGUUCUAUUUGAGGAGAAGCCUAAAGACGUUGUCAUUAUGGAAGGAGAGACAGCCAGUUUGUCCUGCACAAUCUCCGAUUUUACUUCUCUGGUUGCCUGGAAGCGCAACCACAUCCCGCUCCGAGAUGGUGAUAAAUAUGAGAUACGUAAGGAGGGAAAAGUCAACCUCUUACUUAUCUAUGAUGUGGAUCCCCUGGAUACUGGCAUAUACACAUGUGAUACAGGAGAUGUACAGAGCAGUGCCAAACUUACUGUAACAGAGCUCCCUCCAUUCUUUCAAGAUGAAUUGCAGAGUGUGGAGGUAGAGGAAGGAGGUUCAGCCUCUCUGUACUGUGAGCUCUCUAAACUUGGAGUGCCAAUUCAGUGGAAGAAGAACAACCUGCCACUAAGAGACAGCAGAAAGUACGAGAUGAGGCAGGAUGGCUGUUUCCUUCAGCUUCACAUCAAGGAGCUCAAACUGGAGGACAGUGGCACCUACACAUGUCAAGCAGGAAGUGCAGAGACCACUGCAACUGUGACAGUGAACGAGCUUCCACCAUUCUUCAAGACAGAGUUAAGACGUGUGGAGGCUGAGGAGGGAUCCACAGCCUCCAUGUACUGUGAGCUGUCUAAGCCUGGAGUGUCAGUGCAAUGGAAGAAGAACCGGCUGCCACUAAGAGCCAGCAGAAAGUAUGAAAUGACACAAGAUGGCUGCCACCACCAGCUCCACAUCAAGGAGCUCAAACCAGAUGACAGCGGAUGCUAUUCGUGUAAAGCGGGAAAUGCAGAGGUUGCUGCCACUGUGACGGUGAAAGAGCUCCCUCCAUAUUUCAAAGAAGAAUUGCAGAACAUUAAGGCUGAGGAGGGAUCUACAGCCUCUCUAUGCUGUGAGCUGUCUAAACCUGGAGUGUCAGUACAAUGGACGAAGAACAAGCUGCCACUGAGAGCCAGCAGGAAGUAUGAAAUAAUACAGGAUGGCUGUUUCCUCCAGCUUCAUAUCAAGGAGCUCAAACCUGAGGACAGUGGAAGCUACACAUGUCAAGCGGGAAGUGCAGAGACCACUGCAACUGUGACAGUGAAAGAGCUACCUCCAUUUUUCAAAGAAGAAUUGCAGAGUGUGAAAGCUGAAGAGGGAGCUACAGCCUCUCUGUGCUGUGAGCUGUCUAAACCUGGCGUGUUAGUGCGGUGGAGGAAGAACAAGCUGCCACUGAGAGCCAGCAAGAAGUAUGAGAUGAAGCAGGAUGGCUGCCUUGUGGAGCUCAGUAUCAAUGAGCUCAAACUUGAGGACAGUGGAAGUUAUACAUGUCACACAGGAAGUGCAGAGACCACUGCAACUGUGACAGUGAAAGAACUUCCUCCAUUCUUCACAAAAGACUUGGUAAGUAUGGAGGUUGAAGAAGGAUGUACAGCCUCUCUGUGCUGUAAGCUGUCGAAGCCUGGUGUGUCAGUGCAGUGGAAGAAAAACAUGCUGCCACUGAGAGCCGGCAGGAAGUAUGACAUAAAACAAGAUGGCUGCCUCCUCCAGCUGCACUUCAAGGAGCUCAAACCUGAGGACAGUGGAAGCUACACAUGUCAAGCGGAGAGUGCAGAGACUACUGCAACUGUGACAGUGAAAGAGCUCACACCAUUCUUCAACAAAGAUUUACAAAGUGUAGAUGCUGAGGAGGGAGGUACAGCCUCACUGCACUGCGAGCUUUCUAGACCUGGAGUGUCAGUGCAAUGGAAGAAGAGCAAGCUGCCACUGAGAGCUAACAGGAAAUAUGAGAUAAAGCAAGAUGGCUGCCUUCUCCAGCUCCACAUCAAGGAUCUCAAACUAGAGGACAGUGGAAGCUACACAUGUCAAGCAGGAAGUGUAGAGACCACUGCAACUGUGACAGUUAAAGAACUCCCACCAUUCUUCAAGGAAGACUUAAGAGGAGUAGAGGCUGUGGAGGGAGGUACAGCCUCCCUGUGCUGUGAGCUGUCGAAGCCUGGAGUAUCCGUGCUUUGGAGGAAGAACAGUCUUCCACUGAGAGCUAACAGGAAGUAUGACAUGAAACAAGAUGGCUGCCUCUUCCAGCUGCACAUCAAGGACCUCAAACCAGAGGACAGUGGAAGCUACACAUGUCAGGCAGGAGAUGCAGAGUCCACUGCAACUGUGACAGUAAAAGAGCUACCUCCAUUCUUCAAGAAAGACUUACAAAGUCUGAAGGCUGAGGAGGGAGGUACAGUCUCCCUGUGCUGUGAGCUGUCUAAAUCUGGAGUGUCAGCGCAGUGGAAGAAGAACAACAUGCCACUGAGAGCUGACAGGAAGUAUGAGAUGAAACAAGAUGGCUGCGUCUUUCAGCUUCACAUCAAGGAGCUCAAACUUGAGGAUAGUGGAAGCUACACAUGUCAAGCAGGAAGUGAAGAGACCACUGCAACUGUGACAGUGAAAGAGCUCCCACCAUUCUUCAAAGAAAGCUUAAAAAGUGUGGAGGUUGAGGAGGGAGGUUCAGCCUGUCUUAGCUGUGAACUGUCUAAACCUGCAGCGUCAGUGCAGUGGAAGAAGAACAAGCUGCCACUGAGGGCCAACAGGAAGUAUGAAGUGAAGCAGGAUGGCUGCUUCCUCCAGCUUCAUAUCAAGGAGCUCAAACCUGAGGACAGUGGAAGCUACACAUGUCAAGCAGGAAGUGCAGAGACCACUGCAACUGUGACAGUAAAAGAGCUCCCUCCAUAUUUCAAAGAAGAAUUGCAGAACAUUAAGGCUGAGGAGGGAGAUACAGCCUCUCUAUGCUGUGAGCUGUCUAAACCUGGAGUGUCAGUACAAUGGAAGAAGAACAAGCUGCCACUGAGAUCCAGCAGGAAGUAUGAAAUGAAGCAGGAUGGCUGCCUCCUCCAACUUCACAUCAAGGAGCUCAAACCUGAGGACAGUGGAAGCUACACAUGUCAAGCAGGAGGUGCAGAGACCACUGCAACUGUGACAGUAAAAGAGCUCACUCCAUUCUUCAGCAAAGAUCUACAAAGUGUAAAUGCUGAGGAGGGAGGUUCAGCCUCUCUGUCCUGUGAGCUGUCUAAAUCUGGAGUGUCUGUGCAGUGGAAGAAGAACAAGCUGCCACUGAGAUCCAGCAGGAAGUAUGAAAUGAAGCAGGAUGGCUGCCUCCUCCAACUUCACAUCAAGGAGCUCAAACCUGAGGACAGUGGAAACUACACUUGUCAGGCAGGAAAUGCAGAGACAACAGGAACUGUGACAGUGAAAGCACUACAAGCAACUCCACCAAAGGUAGAGCCUCCCACGAUUCUGCCUCGGACGAAGGGUGCAGUUUCUAAACAAACAUCAAUUUCGGAUAAUGAGAUGCCUGUCCUCACAGAGGCCAAACCUGUCCCUCCAGAGCCCAAAAAGAGAGCUCAUAGGAAAGCAUCUAUUUCAUCUAUUACAAAUUCAGAAAAAGAUAUGGAGUCACUGUUCGACCUAAAACAGUCCAUACAGAGGGAGAAUAAUGAAGAACAAAAGAGCAUCCAACCUCCAAGUUCUACAGAGAAAGCAGACAUUGUACAGAAUGUAAGUCAACUGGAGAGGCAUAAGGAGAAAGAAAGUGAGGUGCCCAAGAAGGUUGUUCAGACAGUGAAACUAGAAAACAAAGAUACAGUUGAGAGGGAGGGGAAAGAGCCAGCCAAGUCUUUGCAAACUGAGAAAGAAGGUCUGGUGGAGAUAAGACAACCAGAAAGAAAGUUAGAGAAAGUAGUCAAAGUUGACCAUAACGUAAGUCGUUCAGACAAGGUUCUGGCAGACACUGUGUUUGAACAAAAGAAACAGCCACUAAUAAGUCUUGAUAAAGAAAAUGAAGUUGAACAGAGGUCAAAACAACCAGGGAAGCCUUCAGAGAAAACAAGUAAAGUUGAGAGAGAGGAAAGCCUUCCUGGACCGGUCCUGGUGAAGAACAGCGAGGAUGAAAAACUUGUGAAACCCAGAGAAAGGCUUGUAAAAGAAACAAUAAAACAACAAGAAGAAAAGUCUAUAGUAAAGGAGGCAGAGGGAGACAAAACAAAAGAGGAACCUUUUAAACCACCAGUCAGAGCUAAAGGAAAGGUAACAGGAGGAAAUGAGCCAGUUAAAUAUGCACCAAAGGAAACUGAGGUUAUCACUGUUCAGUCAUUAAAGCCUCCUAUGAAUGAUUCUGAAAAAGACUUUAAGCAGAGAGACAAUGUGAAAGUGUCCACAGACACAGACAGAGAGAAAAAGCCACUGACACAAGUAGAGGACAAACAGUCAGCGAAACAACUAGAAAAGACUUUAGAAAGCGAGGCUGAAGUCACCCCUCUGAAACCGCCCAUGAGGACAAAGAGCAAGGCAAAGGGAGGAAUGGAAAAACAAUAUUCAAGGGACACAGAGACAGAUCAGGAUGAUCAACAAGUAACCAGAGUUGUGAUGAAAACAACAGAUGAUCAGACAGUCAAACAGCCAAAAGGGUCUUUGAAGACUGAAGUUGAAGAGAAACCAAGAUUUGAGAGGAAACAGUCAGUUCCAACAGACACUGAGACAGAUGGGAAAAUUAAGCAACCUGUGAAUGGUGCAGAGAAGGACGCAAAUGCUAAACAGCCAAUCAGACAAUCGGUAAAACCCAUGAGAAAAGAACCUGACAUGGACCAGGAAAUUAAAGUGGUGGUCGAGCCAGUGAGAAGAGGGGUAGGACAACAAGCAAAGAUGACAGAGGACAUUCCUCUCCUCUACGUUUCUGAAGAUGAAACUUUCUUAGAGGCUUUGACUGAGAUACCAGGGACCAACAGCGAUGUCCAGCCACCUGGCCAACCCUCCUCUCUUCCCCCAAUCAGUGUACCCCAGGGGCCACAGCCACCAGAAGAUGCUACACCAGAGAUUGAAAUCAACAUUGAGGAUGAGCCACAACUGCAAGAGGCUGCUGUCAAGAUCCAGGCUGCCUUCAAAGGCUACAAAACCCGCAAAGACAUGCGGCCAGUCUUUAAAGAGGUGUUUAAGAACCAGAGUGCAGAUCUUCAUGGCACAGUCACUCUAGUGUGUAUCGUAGAAGGAAAACCCAGCACAGUGCGCUGGCUGAAAAACGGCCAGCAAAUAGCUAGUGACCAUCGAUGCCGUAUCAAGACGUCAGAGAAUGGCGUAUGCACACUGGUGAUCAAAAACCUGACCACCAGUGACAGUGGAAUCUAUACAUGUGAGGUGGUGAAUAAGUUUGGUGUGACCUCCUACAACGGGAAUGUAACAGUGGUACAGCCUCAGAAGCCAGCUCCAGUUGCUGAGAAACCUGUGCACACACCCCUCGCAGCCAUAACUCCUCUACAGCUCGCCCCACAAAAGCCUGAGACUCAAACUCAGAUACCCACCUCGACUACAGGUGCUACGAGCUAUGUGGAAAGUGUAAGGGUCUCUCUGUGGGAGGCCUACAACCUGACGGAGCAGCAGGAUGCUCAGAUGAUCCUGCAAGAGAGGAGAGGAUCCUCGCUCAUUGCCAGCUCCAUGUCAAGUCCCUCUGAUUAUGACACAGCUCCGGAUAUGUUGGAACCUGCUGAGACUGUCCCAGCUGUACCGAGGGAAGUGAUAAAAGCAGUUGACCAAGUUCCUCAAAAAGAUGACAAAGAACAGAUGACUGCUCCACAACCUCCUAAGAAACUUCUGUCAGUCAAAGGAGCCCAUGAAGGCAGACUGAAGACACCAUCUCCUAAACACCACCGUGCCCACACACCCUUAACAAGUACCGUCUAUGGAUCAGAGUCAGAAGGGGAAGAGGACAGACGAGAGAUUUUUGAAAUGUACGUGGCUCGAGCUGACUGCAGUCCAGACAGCGGAAAUAAGGACAGUUUUGUUCUGAAGGAGGGACAGUUUGUGGAGGUCCUAGAUUCUGUUCAUCCUGACAAAUGGCUGGUGAGGACCAAACCCACUAAAACCAACCCCGCCCGACAGGGAUGGGUGUGUCCGGCAUACCUGGAGAAGAAAAGGAAGGAGACCUUCCCGCAGUUGAGAGCACCUCAAGAGGAUCUCGAUGGAAUCGGGUCAACAGGAGAAGAGUACAGAAGAGCUUUGAGCCAACUGAUCCAAGGCCUGAUUGAUGGAGAAGAGGAAUUUGUAAAGGAGAUGAAGAUGUUCUCAUCUCAACAGCUAAAUCAUCUGGACUCCAGCCACCACGUCCCUAUUAACAUCCUCAACCAGAAAGAGAUCAUUUUCAGGAAUAUCAAGGACAUUGUGUUUCUGCAUGAGAGGUCCCUCCUUCCUGGUCUGAGACAAUGUGCCACAGACGAUGAUGUGGCCAUGCAUCUGAUCAAACAGACUGAGGACUUUGAGAAGUAUCUUCACUACAUGGUGGGACAAGCACAAGCAGAGGCCUGUGUCACCGACAAGGCUAUCCAACAGUAUUUCAAAGAGUUAGCAGAAUCUGGUACGCCUGAGGCUGCUGACAUGGAUGUCCUAACUUUCCUCCAGCGACCAGUGGAGAGGAUUCAGACCUACCAGGCUUUACUGAAGGAGUUGAUCAAGAACAAAGCCAAAAGUGGACAAAGCUGCUGUCUUUUGGAAGAUGCGUUCUCGAUGAUGUCCUGCCUGCCCUGGAGGUCUGACAACCUGCACCAGGUGUCCCUCAUCGAGAACUACCCAGCUCCUCUAACCACCCUGGGCGAGCCUGUGCGACAGGGAGUCUUCACAGUGUGGGAAGAAACCCCAGAAGUUAAAACAUCCUCUAGAGGGCACCAGAGACAAGUGUUUCUCUUCAAGGAGUGUAUUGUGCUGUGUAAACUGAAAAGAGACACCAGCAUGAACAGUGACACCUACACCUUCAGGAACAAAAUGAAGCUGAAUGAUGUGGAAAUAAAGGAGACUUUAGGUGGAGAUGAAAAGUCUUGGGGAUUGUGGCAUGAGCACAGGGGCUCAUUGAGGAGGUACACACUGCAGGGCCGCUCCUCCUUGGUUAAGCUGUCCUGGCUGAAGGACUUGAAGGAGCUACAGCAACGUUCCAGCCUGCCCACAAACAGCCCACCAGUGUUUGAGUCACUGUUGUCUGACUUCACAACAAAGAUAGGACAGACAAUCAAACUGACCUGUAAAGUCACAGGAUCGCCAAAACCAGUGGUCAGCUGGCUCAAAGAUGGCCUUCCUUUGGAGGAUGACCCCCGUCACAUCAUCACAGCAGACCGCUCAGGCACCUGCAGCCUCAUCCUCGACAGCCUCACUGCUCAGGACUCUGGACAGUAUGCCUGCUAUGCUAAAAGCUCCAUGGGCAGUGCUGCUACUCUGGCUAAGGUUGUGGUGCAGGCCCCACCCAGAUUUGUGUCUCGGCUGGAGAGUGCUUGUCUGAUGGAAGGCGAGGAUAUACAGUUCAGCUGCUCCACACUUACUAUGCCUUUACCACGAAUCAGGUGGUUGAAAGAUGGCAGAGAGUUGACAGAUCAGCAGAAGUACUCCAUCCUCAAUGAUGCUCGGAGUGGGAUCUUGUGCCUAACGGUCAUCAGUGCAACAGAGGCAGAUAUUGGACAGUAUGAGUGUGAGCUUUGGAAUGAGUUUGGCUGCGUCAGGUGCAGAGCCGGGCUGUGCCCUGCUUAUGUACCGCCGACUGAAUUUGAGAACGACCAACCACAGGACUUACCUCCUAAAGAUGCAGACUCAGAGGGCUGGUCCACUGCCUUUGUGAAGAAAUGGUUACAGACUGAUUUCAGCCCCACCUCUAUUGCUAAGAUGCUUUUCCCUCCUGGACACCCCGAAGAAACUGAAUGUGCCACUGAACAGGCUGUUCCCGCCUCCACAUCCAUGGAUCAGAUGCUACAGCAGCCUGUGUGUUACCCAGAGGAUGAAGAGGAGGAGAUCUACAUCUCAGAGUCAAUGCAGGAAAUUACAGACGCUCCUCCCUCUAUCCAGGUACCCACUGAGGACCUGUGUGUAGAGCCGGGCCAGGCAGCUACAUUUACUGCCAUCAUCACAGGACGACCUACUCCUAAAAUACAGUGGUACAAGGAUGGAGAGGAGCUGGCAGCCGAUGAGAACGUGGAGAUAGUACAGCAUGGUGCCCGCUGCUCAGUGACCAUAGUGUGUCCUGAGGGCGAGGACAGUGGCAUGUACACCUGCCUAGCCUACAAUGACUCUGGGCAUGCGUCAUGCCAGGCUCAGCUGACAGUGGAGGAAGGUCCGCUGGAGCGCCAGGAGAGAGAGGUGGAGCUGGGAAAGAGAAGGAAAUUGUUCUCUGUCUAUGAUGUUCAUGAGGAAAUUGGAAGGGGAACCUUCGGGGUAGUGAAGCGUGUUGUCCACAGAAGGACAGGUGAAGUGUUUGCUGCCAAGUUCCUGCCUCUGCGGAGCAGCACUCGGACCAGGGCCUUCCAGGAGAGGGACCUGCUGUCCCGUCUGGCUCACCCCAGAGUGGCCUGUCUGCUGGACUUCUUUUGCACCAGACGCACUCUGGUGCUAAUCACAGAAAUGUGCUGUUCUCAUGGACUUCUGGACCAUUUAUUACUGAAAGGAUCAGUCACAGAGAGAGAGGUCCAGUCAUACAUCCAGCAAAUCCUUGAAGGAGUCGGUCACAUUCACAGCAUGAACAUUUUGCAUCUAGACAUUAAACCUGAUAAUAUCCUCAUGGUGUAUCCGCCCAGAGAUGAGAUCAAAAUCUGUGACUUUGGCUUCUGCCAAGAAAUAGACUCAUCCAGACACCAGUACAGCAUGAUUGGUACACCAGAGUGUGUUGCUCCUGAGAUUGUUCACCUGGAGCCAGUCACUGUGGCCACUGAUAUCUGGUCUGUAGGUGUUAUAGCCUAUAUAUGUCUGUUGUGCCGAUGCCCUUUUGUGGGUGAGACGGACCGAGCCACACUGCUGAGGGUGGGGGAGGGGACCCUGAACUGGGACGCCCCUGAUGUCACAUGCAGGAGUCCGGAGGCCCAGAACUUUCUCCAUGCGCUCCUUCAGCCAGAUCCAGAGAAGCGUCCGUCUGCCUUUGAGUGCUUGAGCCACGAGUGGAUCCAGGACGAACAUGCAGGCGAAGACACUGAAGAAAUCAACACAAAGAGCUUGAAAUUCUUCAUCUCUAAAAGGAAAUGGCAGCGUUCUUUGACUAGUAUCGGGUCAGUUCUCACGUUGAGGCCCAUCCCCGAGCUGCUGGACGCUCCUCUCAGAGACACUGCAGUGACAGUGCCUCGAGAGCCCCAGGAACACAGCAGCACCUCCCUGAGUAGCGGCUCCUCGUCUGAGUAUGAUGAAGCUGACUCUUGGGAUUUUUUCCAGCACUGCAGCCAGACUGAGGAGGAGGCAGAAACAGAGGAGGAGUAUGAUCCUUUGGUGGAGAGAGCGCAGAUCCCUGAGCCUUUUGCCAAACUCCACCUAGAUGCAGACGAGGAAGAGGAAGUGACAUUAGGGGAGGAAGAGGAUGGAGAGAUGGUAGGAAGGAGGAGCGUGCUAGAGAGGAGUAUGAGCAGGCAGUCCGUUGCAUCGUCAGUUGCAUCGACACCCCAGAGGGAGCGUAGGUUAAGCAAGGACAGCAGUCACUCUCUCUACCUCUCUGAUGGGGACGAGGGUUCAGGGAGUGACGGAGGUCGAAUCCCUCGAGGCAGCGUCAUCCGAAGCACUUUCUACAGCACCUCCCAUCAGCUUUCACCAAUGUCUGCCAGGCACAUGACACUACGGGACAAAUUCCAGGCCAAAAAGCAGGAAAGAGGCCGCAAACCACUCAGGAGAAGCUUUUCAGGUCGUCUCAACGAGCCUCUUAUUGAAUAUGUGGAGGAUGAGACAGAAACCAAUCGUGGCCAGAGACGAGCAUCCAUACAACCCACGAUGCAGAAGUCGUGUUCGUUUGACAGUGGCGUUGGCCUCGCUCACGGCAACAUGCCUCCUCAUAGGAGGAGCAGGUCUCUGGAUGAGUACUCUCGUCGAUCUCCUAGCUCACCCAAACGCACAAAGUCAGGUGAAGAAGAAGGCUCUCAAAGUCUGAAGGAAGAUUUCACAGAUGACGAAGUGGCAGGGAGAAAGUCGUUGCCCAUCCCGAGCCCUCAGCGACCCACAAGAAGGCGAGGCUCCGUCGCUCCUGUGCAGGGGACUCACAUGCUGGGGGGAUCGUCUGUUCCCUCAAGCUUCAUGGCUGGAGACAGAAUGAGGCCACAGGAGCAGACAGAGGACAAAACCUUUGUGGGCUCUCAGGGGUCUCUGGCUGAGUCGUCUAUUUUGGAGCAUGGUGGCUCUGAGUCUUCAAGCAGACUCGGCUCCUGUGACGAGCUAAAUCAGGGUCACCCAAGAGGAAGAUACAGAUCAGGAGAGAGUGACGGGUAUGAUGAUCCAGGAGAGCCUCUUAUUUCGCCAUCCCCGUGCUCGUUCCAAGAGGUAAAACCGAGAAGCUUGUUUCCACAGGCACCGCCACGAAACCGCACCCGCUCCAACCCCAACUUGUCAUCAAACAGCAGAGUUCAGCCGGGGUCCCCACUGACAGCGAGCCCCAGUCCCAGUCUCUCUUCUCUCCAGGCUCCGGAGAGGCCUCCCAGGGCCAGGGACAAGAAGGAGGGCCACGGCCUCCAGAGGCAUGCGUCCGCUCCAGCCCUUGAAGCCCGGCCAACCACAGGGAAGUCACCAAAGCUGGGCCUGCUGAAGAUCUUCCGCAGGCAGUCCUGGACUGGCCAUUCAUACUCCAGCCUGGAGGACACAGAGUUAGGACCCACACUGGGAGAGAUCAUGAAGCCAGAUACUCCUACCAUGUCUCUGAGGAAGAAGAUGAGAGCUUCAGCCUCCAGCCUGACCAAACUGUUUUCCAGAAGUAAGGAGGAUGUGAGCAAAGGAGGGCCAAUAGUGAAAGGAUCAGCUCCCACCACACCUGAAAGGGAACGCAGCACUGGCUCUGAGAGUCCAAAAAAGAGGGCCUCAAAGCUCUUGCCUUCUUUUAAAAUACCUGCAUUCAAAAAGACAAAAGAUCUGCUCAUACGUCCCAACAAGGCCGAGGUGCUCCAGUUAGAUGGAGGUGGAGUCCUGCUGGUUUGGAGACCAGUCCAGUCUGGUGACCCUGUCACCUACUGUGUGCAGUACUGUACAGAUGGUGGGGGAUGGACAGUCCUGUCAGAGGAGGUGACAGAUAGCUGCUAUGUGGUGAAGGAUUUGCCCAGAGGAGCUUCGUAUGUGUUCAGGGUGGGCUGCAUCACCAAGAAGGGAGCAGGACCCUUCAGUGAUGCUUCAGCACCUGUUGUUAUGGCGACUCAUCCUGAAGAUACUCACAUUCCUCUCAUCCAGACUGAGGCACUGGGGUCGAAGGUCACUGGGUCAGAACGACCGACAACACAGAAGAACUUCAAUUUCCUCUCUGAGAUCAACAGGGGCCGUUUCAGCGUAAUAAACCUGUGCAGAGACGCUGAAACCAGCCAAGUAUUCGCUGCCAAGAUCAGCCCUUACAAGGCAGAGCAGAGACUGCUGGUGCUGAGAGAAUACCAGCUGCUGAAGAGGCUUCAUCACCCCCACCUGGUGCAGCUGCACGCCGCCUUCAUCACCUCCCAUUACCUGGUGUUAGUGGAGGAACUUUGUCCGGGCAAGGAGCUGCUCUACAGUCUGGCAGCGAGAGAUCUGUACACAGAGGCUCAUGUCGCGGACCUGCUCGUCCAGAUUCUCAGCGCAGUCGACUACCUCCACGGCCGUCGGGUCAUCCACCUGGACCUGAAGUCUGACAACAUGCUGGUGGAUGAUGGGAACCACCUGAAGAUAGUGGACCUGGGCUCGGCUCAGUCCUUCACCCCUGGUCAGCCUCUGAACAUCGAACACAUCCACGGCAUGUCAGAGAGCAAAGACUGCUGCAGCAAAGUUUAUAUUGUCCUUCCUAAAGCUCCUGAAAUCCUGGAGGGUCAAGGUGUCGGGCCUGAAACCGACGUCUGGGCUAUCGGAGUUCUGUUGUUCAUCAUGCUGAGCGCCGACAGCCCGUUCCACGCAGAGCACAGCUGGGAGCAAGACAAAAACAUCAAGAAAGGGAAGAUCCAGUUUGGACGCUGUUACCCCGGUCUGUCAGAGGGAGCCUUAACCUUCAUGAAGAGCAGCCUGAACAACAAAUCCUGGGGGAGACCCACUGCAGCCGAGUGUCUCCAGAACCCCUGGCUGCGCGCCCAUCGAGCCCCGCACAAAGGGCGGCACUCCAAAGUGUGUUUCUCCACAGACAAGCUCAAAGAUUACCUCAAGCAGAAGGAGGAGAAACGCGACCAAGUCCGCACCAAACUUCAGGGUCCCUUCUUCCAGUAAGGCAACUCUGUGGGUCUCUCUCUCACUCUAUAAUCAACACAUCUCGUUUUCUGCUGAAUGUUUCCUGUGUGUCUCUCCUCUGGCUCGGCGGAGUCAGGUUGGGUCUUUUUAAAAUCAUUUUAGUAUGUUCUGAUUUUGAAAAUGUGAUGCGUCUUAAUUAGUUUCCAAAGGGUUUUGUUGCUUAUUUAUCCAUUUACUUGUAUAUUUGAGUGCGCUUGCUUUGGUUCAUAUGGAAACAUAUCAGGGAUAAGGUUUAGUCUAAGUAACGAGUGCACGAGUUGUGAACAUGAGAUUGUUGCUUUAAUUCUCGGUAUCAUACAGAUGCACAAUGAUUGGCCUUCAAGUGAGAAAUGUUUUCUUUGCUGUUCUACUUCAUACAGAAAGCAGAUAUAUUUUCUGAGUGAUAUAUUUUAUUUAGAAAUGUACACAUUCUGCCUGAAAGUCACAAUGUAUAAAUGGGAAAUCCAUUAGAUCUGUAGGCUUUAUUGGACGCUUCUGAAUUUCAUGAUGCUUAAAUAUUGUGAAUUAAUGAACAAAAGAUUAAUUAAAAGACACAAAAGUGGU